GUGCAAAGGUCCAGCAGUCUAGUGGAGGUAACAACAUGAUCGCCAUGGUUUUGCUGGGAAAGAAAAACAAUGACAAGUGCAUGAUAAGGAGUGCUAUUCUCGGGAAAGUGCAUAAAGGAGACACGUAUGCGAGGGCUGAGGGAAGAGAAGCUGAUCAGAUGUUCUGUGUUAUUAAUGCUCCAGACAAUUUUCAAAGCCCAGAUCUAGAAACUAUAGAGGAGCUGAAGCUGUCAUACCCAGGUCCACGUAUGUUCCUCCUAGUACUGCAAGAUAAUACUUACCUCUCAGAGGAAGAAAUCGAGAUGUUCGACCAGCUGAAAAAUAGAUUUGGAAUGAAAGCGCUGGAAAACACAAUUGCUGUGCUGGUUACCAGUGAAGAAAAAAGAUCUGGACAGCUAUAUGACCGAGCAGAUGAGAACCUCAAAAGAGUUCUGGAUGAAUGUGGAAAGAGAAUUUGCAUGUACAGCGAGAAUCAAGGCACAGAAGAUAGUGAUCUAAUCAAACAGAUAAUGGAAAAAUGGAAAAGAAUACAGGAGAAGCACAAAGCUCAUGAAUCAAGCAACUUUUCGUCUGGUGUAGAGCACAUUUAUGAAGAAGUUGAUACCUUUAAGGAAAAAUCUCAAGCGUCAAUGGUGUCAGAAAAAAUCAAAGGGGAGAACAUCUGGUCACCUGGAGGUGACUACAAGAUCACAGUGGUGUUGCUGGGAAAGAACAGCCAUGACAAAUGUCUGAUAGGGAACACCAUUCUUGAGAAAAAUAGUUUCCAAUUAGAAAAAGUAAUUUGUGAGAAGGCUGAAGGAAACGUAGCUGGUCAGAUGAUCUGUAUUAUUAACACUCCAGACCUUUUCUAUAAAUCAAACUCAAACCUACAAGCUGAUCUUAUUGAAGAGAUGCAGCCAUCAUACUCAGGUCCACGUGUGUUCCUCCUGGUACUGCAUGAAAAAAAGGUGUCUCCAGAAGAGAAGGAGAUGUUCACCGAACUGAAGGAGAAGUUUGGAACGAAAAUGGUUGAAAACACAAUUGUGCUGGUUAACGGGGAGAAAAAGCACUCUUCAAUGGACAGACCUAAGGUGACCUUCAAGAAUGAUUUCUACAGACAGAUUUUGGAUGAGUGUGGAAACCGAGUUUGUGUUUACAACAAUAACAUGACAAAUACAGACCUGAUCACACACAUGAUGGGACACAUGGAAAGCAUACAAAAGAGUCAUACAUUGAAAUUCAACCAAAGGACAUAUGAAAUACCACUUGGAGAGAGUCCUGUGCAGCUAAUGGCAACACAAAGCAGAACAGAUAGUGAGGAGCCUCGGACAGCAGCAAUGACUGUCAGAGAUUUCGUGACCAUCAUUCUGCUUGGACAGACAGGAAGUGGGAAAAGUGCCACAGGAAACACAAUUCUGAAAAAACAAUUUUUUUAUUCUUGUGCCAGUUCUGUGCCAGUAACACAGGUGUGCCAGAUGGCAGAAGACACAGUUUGUGGAAUCAAGAUCAGAGUCAUAGACACCCCAGAUUUCUUUAAUGAAGACCUUAAAAACCAACAUGAGCAGAUAAAGCUGUGUAAAGCACUUACUCUGACAGGGCCUGUUGUGUAUUUACUGGUCAUGCAGCUCGGCCGAUUCACAGAUGGUGAGAGAGAGGUUCUUCCAAACUUGAAGAGAGAGUUUGGCGAGGAUGUGACUCUAAAUACUGUGAUUCUUUUCACUGGUAAAGAGAAACUGAAGGACAAGACUUUACAGGACUACAUCAGAGGAACAGAUCCAGAGCUUCAGGGGCUGAUCAAAACCUGUAAUGCUAGAUAUCAUGCAUUUAACAAUGGUGAGAAAAGCCAUGAACAGGUGAAAGAAAUGAUGGAUCUCAUCAUGGAAAUGCAUAGAGAGAGAGGCAUUACCAUUCGAAAAUCUAGCCAUCAUAACAAUAAAUCAAAGGAGACCAAAAACUGCAGCAUCUCGUAGAUUAGUGGUUCUCAACCAGGAGGCCUCAGCAAACUUCCAAGGUGGCAUAAAAUGAUUUAAAAAAAGUUAAAUAAUUUGUAAUAUAACUUCCUAUUAAUCAAUUUAAAAGUGCUAUAAAUGUUAAAAUCAAGAUGUACAUGUUGCCUUCAAUGACAUUUUUAUUCAAGAAACUUCUGGAAUUGUAAAAUGUAUAUAAAUUGAUUAUUUUAAUGAACUGCUAUUCCUACAGUAGUUUCUGUGAAUACAAUGUGAAAAGCAAAAUAUAUUUGCCUACAUGGGGGGAGGAGUUUUGAGAGGCCUUGGACUCAAAAAGUUUGAGAACCACUGUUUUAAAAAACGUGUUUAAAAUAAAUACUUUUCCUGAGGCCUGAUAUAAAAUAAUAAACAACUUGACAAUAUAUUUAAAAUUCAAGUUUGUAUUCAUCUUACGUUGCAGAUCAAUUACACAAGUCAACCAUAAUCGAACUGUACCUGCAUGUUUACUGUAAGCCACUCUUGAUUUUGUUUGGAUAAAUGACAAGUUAAUAUAGAAUUAAAUGUUUAUAG